UUGAUUAGGCAAUCAAAAUAACCAGAUGAGUACAGUUGGCACCACCAAAUCAACCAAACUACAAAAGUACUUCUGCUAUAAAAACAAUAAGCCCUUCAAUUCCUAACACUAUUUUCUCUUCAGAAUCAAGACCAAACCAUCAUCCAUGGCCUAUGGAAGAAGAAACCAAACCUCUGCGCUCUUAGAAGGGUUCUCCCUAAACCCUCUACCCUACCCAGUUCUCAUAAUCCUUGCAGUACUCUCAGUCUUUCUGGGCUUCUCAUGGUACUCCUCCUACGAGUCAGCUGUGGAAGAAGCUGAAUCACAGUUCAACUGGGUCCUUUUGGUCACACCAAUAGUCCUACUUCUCAUUGUUCAGUGGCUCUCAUCUAUGGAGCCGGAUUGGCUCUUUGCCAUGUCACCCUGGGAACAACGUCGUAGAACCCACAACCGUCCGUCGGAGGGGAGCUCACCGUGGGGUGUUGCUGCUGUCAUUGUGCUCUUGCUGGUUCUGCUGCAGUUUCAGUCCAUUUUCCGAGAUAGCUGGCUUAUAUAAGUACUCUGUUUCAAGGUCAGAGUACUCUGUUUUCUCUGCCAAAGAACCAAAAAGUUGUGAUGUUUAAACUGUUUGUUGUCUAGAUAACUAGGUAAAAAGCUAGUAGUUUGUACAUAAUGAAAUAUGAAAUACAUGAUCUAAUGAAAUAUGAAAUACAUGAUCUUUGUACCUUCUCUGUAGUCUGUACUGUAUCAUAAUAUGUUUGAUUUUUCAGGGUUUUUCCAUGUGGAUUCUUUAAUUAGAGAUUUGAUGUAGA